UCUUUACCCAAAACAGAAAGAUAUUAUGAGUGGGUUCUUUAGUCAAUCAACACAAGCUAGUAAAGGAGGAUAUGAUUCCCAUGGUGGCGAUGACGGAACAGCAAAGAAACCCACCGCAGACCAGACUUUGAGAGCUGUUACUAUCAAACAAAUCAACACUGCUACAAUUCUUCCAGACAGUAAAUUUAAAAUCGACGAUGCAGAGGUGGCAAAUAUUACUUUUGUUGCUACUAUUCGCAAAGUGACUGAACAGGCAAGCAGCACAAAUUACACUGUAGAAGAUGGUACUGGUGCUAUUGAUGUUGUAUUCUGGGGUAAUCAAACCGACACUGAGGAAAUCUUGGCCAAGAGACGUGAAAUGACUGUAAACACAUAUGUCCGUGUCUUUGGUCGCCCACACAGCUUUGGCAAGCACACAAAUUGCUCUGCUUUCACAGUACGCCCAAUUGUUGAUUUCAAUGAAAUUGCUUAUCACUUUAUUGAGUGCGUCCACUCACAUCUUACAUUUACAAAGUCCUCAAAGAGCUCUGAUAUACAGGUGGUAUCAUCCGGUAAUGCCAACACAUCCGGAAGAGCAUUGAACGAUCAGAUCAUUAGUUACAUUGAAUCUUGUGGUGAAAGUAGUGACGGUGUCCACAUUGAGGAUAUCAUUAAUAAGCUCAGGGGUCUCCACACCGCAACUAGUGUGAGAACAGCCUUGGAGAAUCUUACCAAUGAAGGUCACUGCUACACUACUUCUGAUGAUUACCACUUUAAAUCCACUGCUAAUUAUUAACAGAAACAAACAAACAAUAAAGUAAAUAAGAAAGAAAGAGAUAUAUAUAUAUUAUAAAUAAAAGUGGAUCACUUGUGAAUUUUCAUU